AGUCCACUGCUGCAACUUAUUGUUGCACUGAAACAUCUAGAUUCAGGCAUGGGGGCAUUUUGCUUGAGGUGGCUGUUGGUGUGGCAAUGCUUUUUAAUCCCAGUAUGGGGGCUGGAUUUUUACAAAGCGGCGGUCUAUGAACAUCCGACAGUCCUGCGGCUAAACUUAACAAUCCCUUCCACACGUGAGGGGGCACUGAGGCUUAUGCAGAAAAACCUGGACAAAUACCAAGAGCAAGUUCAUGAAGCAAGCAAACAGGGAGUUAAGAUAAUUGUAUUUCCAGAGGAUGGUCUCCAUGGCUUUCAGUUCAAUUCCAGAGCUUCUAUGUUUCCAUAUUUGGAGCCUAUUCCAGAUCCUAAUGUUGUUCAAUGGAAUCCCUGUCUGCAGCCAACAGAAUAUAAUGGUACAGAGGUCCUUUAUCAACUGAGCUGUAUGGCAAGAAAUGGCAAUAUGUACUUGAUUGCAAACAUGGGGGAAAGACAAGCCUGUGAGCUUAGUGACCCUCAGUGUCCAGCAGAUGGAAGAUAUCAAUUUAACACAAAUGUGGUUUUUGAUGCUGAAGGCACUCUCAUAGCCAAAUACCAGAAAUGGAAACUUUUCAGAAUAGAAAUUUAUUAUAACAAACCUAAGACAGUGCAGCAUGUCAUCUUUAAUACGCCUUUUGCUGGAAAAUUUGGCAUCUUUACUUGCUUUGAUAUAUUGUUCUAUGAGCCAGCAGUAAGUUUAAUUGAGCAUUAUGGUGUAAAACAAAUUGUAUUUCCCACAGCCUGGAUGAACAAGUUGCCACUCUUAUCUGCAAUAGAGUUUCAUCAAGCAUUUGCCUCUGCAUUCGGUAUCAACCUUCUAGCAGCCAAUCAGCAUCAUCCUGAAUACAAUAUGACAGGAAGUGGCAUCUACACUCCUUUAGGUUUCCCCUAUUACUACAACGCGAAGAGCAGUGAAGGAAAACUUCUUGUGGCCAAGGUCCCUAUAAUUACAUCCAUUAAAGAUCACAGCCCAGAACACUCUAAGUCUCAGGGGACAUCAGCUUUUCUUCAGAGGAACAGUCAUAAUGAACUUUCUGUCCUUCAGCAGCAGAAGGUGGGAGUAAAGCUGGAACAAACUGACCCAUUGAAACAUCCUACACUGUCCCACAUGGAUAAUCCUGGAGAUACCUUUCAUGCUUCAAUGAUGUCUGAUAAUUAUACAUUUAUUCCUUUGACAGGUGUGCAAGGUAACCAUCAAGUCUGUUCCAACAACCUCUGUUGCCAUGUAGCCUAUGAACAUGCUAACACACCCAGUAAUCUAUAUGCUUUAGGAGCCUAUGAUGGGCAUCACAGAGUAAAUGGCAGUCGCUACCUGCAAGUGUGUGCCUUGGUGAAGUGUGCGGGCUCUAAAUAUGACACCUGUGGACAAGGUGUUACAAAUGCUACCGAUAUCAUAGACUUUAAGUUGUGGGGGAAUUUCAGCACACGCUAUAUUUUUCCAGAAAUAUUGGCUAGUGAAAUGAAACUUUAUCGUGCAGAUAGCAGAGGGUGGGAUAACAAUGAUUUUUAUAUGACGAAGAAGGGGAUGUCAGCAGGUCUUGUGACUGCAGCACUCUAUGGAAGAUGGUACGAGAAAGAUAACUUAUCUAAAUAAUAAAAACAUAAGACUCCAGAUGCUGGAAAUCUGCAAUAAAAACUCCCUUUCUUCGAAACA